AUGGCAGAGCAUGGGCCAAGAUCUAAACGCCCUUGCCAUUCUACAUCACUGUACCAUUUAACGACUCAUUCGUCGACUGCUACCCCUCUGAUGAUGGGCUCUGUGCUGCAUGACACAUCGCAGUUGCUCAAUGCACGAUCUGCACCUGCACCUACAUCCGCACUGAGACCACUCUACAUGCCAGCUGAGCAGAUGGCUCUUCUAUAUCCCCAAGGAGACCAAGCCAGUUUCUUUGGUGCCAAUGCACAUGCUGGCUUGACCACUGUACCAACUUCGCUUGCAUUUGGACCAAAUCACAUCCAACAAGCCCACUCUCAAAAUGUCUUGGAGCUCUCUGCUGCUGCUCCCAUACCACCAAGUUGCCCUUCCAUGAAUAAUGCACAACCUAUGAAUGGGAAUGGUUAUUUUCAGUCUCCUUUAUCGCAGCCAACCUCGACUCCGUUGCAAAUUACUGCGCCUCGUCAACCCGUGGGAAUUUACGAAUUCAUUGGCGAGAAUCCUGCGAAUUUAGAGGCGAGGCACAAGAGACGUCCACGAACGGAGGCCCAUGAACAGGCUGUGAAGUCUACAAUAGGCGCGGGGGGCGCUUGCGUCUGGUGCCAAGCAAAAAAGAAAGGGUGCGGAUCGGAAAUUCCGUGCAAAGCCUGUACACAACAGAACAAAAUCUGUAUCCGGGGCUCUUCAUCUAUUUGCUUGACAUCGACAACUAAAAUCAAUGCGGGUCGCCAACUAAACCCUGACAGCUUUCAAAAGGCUCGAGAUAUAAUGACACAGCUGAAGAACAAUUGGGCCUUGUAUCCUCAACAUUAUCAUAAAACUUGGAGUGCUGAGGCUGCUAAACUCGACCUUCAUCGACUGGAUGCAGCCGUCCAGACUUCGUUGGUCAGUUUAGCACUCAGCUUUGUUGCGGUUCCUGGAGUCGAGAGCUCGGAAUUUUCAGAUCCACUCAAUAAGAAUGCACUCAAAGUGGCCAAAUUGUUCGCCGCUAUCUAUCAACUCUCCAAGUCCGAUGUUUCAGUGCAGUCCAUGGCUGUGGGAGUUGGAAGGAUGACGGUGUUCUUUCUGAUGACUAUAUAUGCGAUGGAAAUGUGCAAUGCAUCAGUUCACUUUGCCGAUGAACUCUAUGCUGCCAUUCGAAACAAAAAGUCGGAGGGACGUGUCGAACAGCAUGCCAUCAGGGUAUACAGCCAAGUCAUCAAAAAAAUGAUGACUUUACAGCACACCGAGUCCUUGAUAUCGGCCAUAUUUGAACCGAUUCAACCUCGAUUGGAAAACCUACGCGACACUGUUCAAAAACUUCUUUUGUCCCCGAUGUCAAAGCGUGUGAUGCCUGACUUUUCAGGUCUCAGACCAUUUCAUAUCGCCAUUGGACUCACACCUGCGGUGACAGGGACCACACCCACAGCAAGCUCCAGACAAGAGAUGAGACAUGAACAGCUGCGGUAUAGCGUUGAAAAUCUCCUCCGGGAGGAUUUUGAUUUGGGUAUGAACAAUGGAUUUGGUAUCCCUGAGACGAUAGACCCACAUUUGUUGUCGCCUGCGAUGGCCACGCAAACCACGACGCCCAGCUACGAGACUUCGACCAACCUAUACAGUGCUGGAAGCUUCACCGAUAUUUUUAGCAGCGCUGUUGGGGGCUUUCAGAGCACUGAUAUCACUUACCCUCAUCGUGUUGGGACGGCCCUGUACCCAUCUCAGUUCGAUGGGUAUGCUGCCAACAGCAGCUAUCCUGGCGGGGCAUUUGGGAGAGCAAACGAUUUUGCGAAUAUUGGGACUCACUUUUCCCAUUGA